UGCUCUCUGGCUGUGAAGUGAAACAACCGCCGCUUUGGUUUUAUGAAGUCCGUUUGUAACAUCGCUGUUGAAUUAAUCAAAUCCAGAAGAGCUCACAGUUCAGCCACAGCUCGUCGACUCGGAGAAGAGAUGUGUAAAGAGCUCAAGACCAAAGUGCUGCAUUUGUUGCCGGCGACCUCCAAUGCACCGUCUGUUCAUCAGGAGGGCCACACAGAUGUUGCUGAAAUCCUGAGUUGCACGGUGAAGGCUCUUAAGGAGGGUCAUGUGGUCGGUGUGCCCACAGACACCAUCUAUGGCCUGGCAUGUCUGGCCCAGAACUCUGAAGCCGUCAGAAAAACCUACGACAUCAAAGGACGAAAUGGACAUAAACCACUGGCCAUCUGUGUAGGGGAAAUCCAGGAUAUCUAUAAGUACUGCAAGGUGAAGGUGAAGGAAGCGCUGUUAGGUGACCUGCUGCCUGGUCCCGUCACUCUGGUGUUGGAAAGAUCUGAAGUACUGAACACAGAGCUCAACCCCUUUACUUCACUCGUAGGCGUACGUAUCCCAGACCAUGCCUUUAUGAGACGCCUUUGCCAGAUGUGUGCUGAACCACUCGCGCUUACCAGCGCCAACAUCAGCUCAUGCACGAGCACUGUGGCCGUAAAUGAGUUUCAGGAGCUCUGGCCGAAACUAGCACUGGUGGUGGAUGGCGGACCAAUAGGAGACCACAGCCGCCUCGGAUCAACCGUGGUCGACCUAUCAGUACUUGGGAAAUACCGCAUCAUCAGACCCGGCUGUGCCCUUUCUUCUACGGUUAAUGUGCUGGAGCACAAAUAUGGACUGUCAGAGGACUCGGGGCAAGAAUGACCUUUGAACUCUUUACACUCCAUAACACGCGCAGAGACGCCCAACCGGCGUUGACCCCGGGGCUUCUCAGAAAAGAUGAAUCCUUUUCAUGUUACAUGGAAGAUGAGUCUUUCUCAGGAAGUACUAGAACUCAGGAGCAACUCAAUGGCCAAUAUUGUUCUGGUGGCUGCUUUAAGGUCUGAAAUAACUUUUGAUGAACAUUUUUUCUGCCUUACUAUUGGUGCCUUACUACUAAUAUAAUGGGAUUAUGUGGGAUUUUAGAGUGUCACAGUUCUCUACCAUUUAUUCAGAAACAGAACAAGGUCAGCUCUCUAGUAUGGGUAUGUAUGGAUUUUAUUUUGCAUAAAAUUAAAACUAUCCUCUUUGUACUGUCAAAGCAACGUGGCAUAACGGAGAAAACAAUGGUUUGGGUUUUUAUUUUAAUAACAGUAAGGCACUUAUUUUAUGGCCUGAAUAAUUCUUUGCAAUAAGGGAUGGGUUCUGGGAAUUGCAUUGACUAUACAUCAAACUUGUCCAGAACUAUUUAUUAACUUAUAAAUCCCCUGUAUUUAUUUUAUCCUCAUGUCAGUUUGCACUACAAUUGGUCACCUGCUACAGUUACAAUAACUGUUUUAUGUUGUAGCUUAAACUACAUUACAUUUAACUGUAUAAAAUACUGUAAUAUUUCAGACUUGCACAUUGCCCAAGUGGAUAUACGACAUGAAAUUCAUCUGCCAACUUGCAUGUUAAAAACUGGAGCAUUUUUUAAAUUCUCAAUGCCUGAUGUAAACUUGUUUUGAUGGAUUGUAUAACCUUAGUCACAGUCACAAUAAAAGUUUUGUUUUUCAGUA